GCACUGUUUGUUUUGUGACCGAUAUCCACCAAAAUGGCGCACAUGUGAAGAGUUUGGGAAGGGGUGACAACGAUUAUUGCUAAUAGUGUCAAGAUUAUAUCGGUCAGAGGUUUGAUACAGAGCAAACUUUACCAUAAAAUACCGCUGACUGGUAAUUCAUAGACGAUUUUUAAUUAGCAGAUGUUAUGGCCAAGAUUUUGUAGACCGUAAAGCUGUAGACAAAGCUGAAAGAAUAAAAUUUCAGAAUGGCAAGUAAGACGUACAAAACUUACAGUAAAUUUACUGGUAAAGAUUCUGCUGCCAGUCGAGCAUUUGAUGAUGUCUUGAACAACAAAUCUGCCGCACCAGUGCCCAUUAAAGCAGAAAAAACCAAAUGGGGAGACACAUCAUUCACACGAGUCAGAAAGGAUGACCCUUUUCAGGUGACAUUUAACAAAGUGAAAGUAGAAAACGAGACUGUAGAUGAAUUUUCCUUUGACCUAGAAGAAGAUGAGAGUUUCAAGAAGAAAAUUCCAGCAAGUAACAGCAGUGCUUCAAGUGCUUCUUCUGGAUUAGGCAGACCUGCUAUUUCUAAUGUAAACAAGACAUCAAAGAAACAAGUACCAGCUGAGGUUCCAACCCAUUCUCCAAAAGUGGAAAAAGAAGAAAGUGAGUCUAUAAAUGAUGAUGAUGAUGAUAUGGAACCAGUUAUGUUUAAAAGACCAGUUAGAACAUAUUCACGUUCACUCAAAAAGGAGAAAGUUGCAGAGGAAACACCGGAGCAGAUACAAGAAGAGGAGGAGACUGAGGGCAUCACAAAAGAGGAAACAGAUGAUCCUUCUAUUCCAUUCUCAGAAAGGACCGACGUUUUCUCGGAUAAAAAUGAUGAAGAAGGAAAUUCAUUAUAUGGCAGAGCUAGAAGACAGAAAAUUACUUCAAGAACUCAUAUUCUGCAGUCAGAUGACGAUGAGAGCUGUGGAGCAACUGUGCUGAAUUUCCGCAGCCGAUACAUGGAUCCUGCUGUGUAUGGCAACUUUGAGUACACACCACAAGGGGAGGACCCAGUGGGGCGAAUGAAUAACAGCAAAGUUCUUCAGCAGAGUGAAAUCAAACAUGGAAAAGGGUCCACAUUGAUUGUGAUUUGCUCUCCAAAACCACCUGCUCAAGGAACAACAAAACUCCAUCCAGUAAGAACCUACAAAGUUCGAGAUCCAAAUGCAAAAGAUUCAGAUGAAGGGGGAGAAAAACCACAGAAAGAGGAAUAUCAAGCCAUCCCACCAAAACCAAUUAUCAUUAGAAACAGGCGGCGUCCCCAGAAGAGGAAAGCAGAAGACACGCCUAAACCAGCUGUUCCUCCAAUAGAGACCCUUAUCAAUAUAAAGCAAGAACCAAAGUACACCCCAGCACCUCCAAAAGAUUCAAACAAAACAAAAGAUACAAAACCCAGAAAAAAUAAGAUCUUCAAGUCCAGAAACAAGGUGGAGGAUGAAGAGGAAGAAAAAGAGGCCCCUGCUCCUCCAGAGGAGGACACAGCUGUCAGUGAGGAGGCCCCAGUCCUUGAACCACAGGUGGAGGAUUCAGCUGUACCUCAAGAGGAAUCGAUCAGCGCCGAGGAUAGAGACACUGCUUUUGGAUUUGAGGAAAUGGAGGUUGAUAAAACUCCUGAGAACUCACAAGAAGACAAUCCGGUGAGUGAAACAUAUAGGGAAAUCCCAAUAAAACUGAAAAGAGUGGAAGAACUGCAGAGGGAGGAUAAUGGGGAUAGUCAGUCCUCAGAGGGGGAGAUGGAAAGUUCCCAGGAGAUACCGUCUUCUCAAGAAUCCACAGAAGAGUUCAAACAACCCAGUAGAGAACGCAAGAUAUUUAAAUCUAAGAAUACAAGGACAGCACAGAAGAAGGUGUCUCCAAGUCCAAAGAAGUCACCAGCAAAAGCAACAUAUAAUGUGAGGUCCUGGCAAGAAGACUUUGAUGAAGAGGAACGGGUAACCUUGAUGAUGCAAAGAAAUAACAAGCAGAAUCAAGAGGAAGAUAAUGGAACACAAGGUGGUCCACCUAAAUUGACCCGUUACUCCACGUGGCCCCAGUCUGGGCCAGAGGUCAAGAAACCCAAUGAGGAGCCCCCUAAGUUGACCCGAGCUGUUCACUGGCCAGACAGGGAGGGAGACGAGGCUUAUACCUCGGUCCACAUCAACAAAGAACACAAACAGCUGUACACUGUUGUGAGGAAUGUGAAGGAGGCCCACGAGUGUCAGGAACACGGAGAGACCCAGGAGUUUGCUGAUGAUGUGGAGUAUCUGUUGUCUGGGAUACAGGAGGGAGAACCCAUGUCCACCAGGUGUCUCAGUUGUAUUGGUCUUGCCCAGAAGAGUAUUUUACCAGCAUUUAGAAUGCACCUACGAGCCCAUGGAACUGUGGCUAAGAUAUUUGGUCAUCUGAAGGAUGCUGUGUCUGAUCCAAGUUUAUCUCUGUGCACUGCCCUGCUGAUGUUUAUGAUGAGUCGCGAUCGGCUGAACAUGGACCUGGAUCGUCAGAGUCUGGACCUGAUGUUGAAGCUGCUGGCGGUGGACAAUCAGGAGGAACAGAGCGUUACUCUGAUGGGGAAGCGGACGCUGAACCGCAACAAAGAUCGUGCCCGCGAGGUGUAUGUCCAGUGGAAGGCUGAGGGUGGGGCCACCAAUCUGCCAGAGUUAGAGGAUGUCUCAACAGGAAAUCUUGCCAUGGAAUCUCUACUGAGUUUGACUUCACGUCGAGCAGGAGAAUGGUUCAAGGAGGAAUUACGGAGUCUGGGGGCUCUAGACCACAUCGUAGAUACUGUGUGUUCAUGUAUUGAAGCAUUAGGAGAUGACACCACUUUGGUUACAGACAGUAUGCUGGAAAACAUGAAGAAAAUAGACAGAUGUCUACGGGUGCUGGAAAAUGUGUCCUUUGUAAACACUGAUAAUCAACUCUAUCUCAUUUCAUACAAGGCAGGCAUUCUUGUGACUUCUUUAUGCAGAGCUCUGAGUCUGUGUGAGAAGUGUUUUCCUGUUUACCCGAUCAAUAGUUCUGAGAACAUAGACAAGGGAUCCACGGGAUACGUCAUCCUAAGUCUGGUGUUGGCCGUCUUACGAGUCCUCAUCAACAUCACACACGAUAAUGAGUUUGGAUGUACAAAAGUGGGAGACCAGGAAGGCUUCAUCAAGACAGCCCUGAUCUGUGUGCUGGACACUCCCCGAUAUGUACCUGUGGAUAUGAGAUUUGACAUGCUUGUUCUGAGUUUGGGUUUACUGAUAAACAUGGUGGAACAUUGUGGGGUCAACAAAAGAAAGCUAGUGGAGUCAGAGACCUGUAGGUCAUAUGAGGUGGCUCCAGAAAAUACACAAGUGCAAGUCCCAGCUACCAAGGCACUUUGUGAGGUUUUCUCUACAAGAUUUGAAAUUGCUAAAACCAUGGAAGAACAAGAUUUUGGUGAGCCCACAACCCCAAAAGCUUCACCGAACAAAAGUGGGGAGUGGAAGGAAUCGGACUCAGGGAUUGAGUGGGUGGUAGCUUCUGCAAAGAAGGACAAGGAGGGGAAGGAGACCAGUCGGGUCGAGUCCCCGGUGGAUGACAAAGCAGAUAACCUGGAUGAUGAAGAGACAUUUACUAAAGCUUUACAUAGGGCUGGCAAACACAUGGAGAACAGUGUUAUAGCAGCCUAUGUGGCCUUACUCCUGGGCUGUCUAAUACAGGAUAAUUCUAUGUAUGUCAGCCAAGUAAAGAAUCACUUAGAGUCUGGAAGUUUUGAAGAUCUUAUUACUAUUCUGAAGAAAUUCUUGGGUUUUAUGAAUUUAACGCGUGCAAUUGGAAGUACAGGAGGAAAGUCAAUAGCUCAUGUCAUUGAAGUUCUAGAGGGAUGCUAGCAGGAAAACAAAGCACACUGAGAAAAAAAAAAUCAAAAUUCAGAUCGGAUUAAAACUACUGCAAAUACAUGAUUAUUAUUGUACUUUGAAAAUUUGUCAACGAGACAUCACAAUUUACACCAUCAACUUGUUGAACAGAAAAUAAAUUUGCUGCAAUGAAAACCAAUCACCAUGCAUGAAAAAAAAAAUCUUUAGGGAUGACAGCAUAAUUUUGAUGUGAAAUAUCCCUAAUAUGGCAAUUACAGGAUAGUGUGUUGAAAAAUACCUUUCAUCAAAUGAUGCAUGAACAUGACAUUAUUGACAAUGUUUACAUGGUGACUUCCCCUGAGCCCAGCUAAGCUGAGUAAUCAUCAAAGGCUGGACUCUUAUUUUUAUAUUAAUUUUUUAGCAUAUUUUCUAAAAGAAAAAACAGGAGCAAUAGAUGUUUAUGUUGGACAUUUUCAUUUUCCAUACUAUUUUGUCUGUAGCAUUUAGUUAAAACAUGUCUGAAUGAAAUAUUAGGAUGCUGCACUGAUGAAAUCAUAGUGUUGAUUAACCUAAUGCAAUGUUAGUGAGAGAUGAGAGGAUCAUUUAACAGAUUAAUUUUAUCUGUGUUGACCAUUGUAGUGAGGGAUUGUGGAUUUUAUGACAUUUUUACCAUGUAUAAAAGGGCAGAACUGAAUUGCAGAAAUGAAUUUUCAUCUGUAUAUUGUUAAAUAAAUACAAAUUGAUGCA